AUGAGGGAAAACAGCGACGUGGCUGGCAUGAACUGCACGCAGGUGACUGACUUCAUUCUCUGUGGCCUCACAGACCGCCAGGAGCUGAAGAUGCCCCUCUUCCUGGCAUUCCUAGCCAUCUACAUUUUCACAGUCAUGGGCAACCUGGGUUUGAUCGUGGUCAUCAGAACAGACACAAGACUCCACACACCAAUGUACUUCUUUCUGAGCAACCUGGCUUUUGUGGAUUUCUGCUAUACUUCGGUUAUCACACCCAAAAUGCUGGGGAAUUUCCUCUACCAAAGAAAGGUCGUCUCCUUCCAUGCCUGUGCUGCGCAGUUGGGCUGCUUCCUCACCUUCAUGGUGUCAGAGUGCUUGCUGCUGGCCUCCAUGGCCUAUGAUAGAUACGUGGCCAUUUGCAACCCUCUGCACUACAUGGUCAGAAUGUCGCCAGGCAUCUGCAUUCAGCUGGUCGCUGCCCCCUACAGCUACAGCUUCCUGAUGGCACUGUUCCACACCACCUUGACCUUCCGCCUCUGCUACUGCCGCUCCAAUGUCAUCAAUCACUUCUACUGCGACGACAUGCCUCUGCUCAGGAUCACGUGCUCAGACACGCGCUCCAAACAGCUGUGGGUUCUGACCUGUGCUGGGGUCACGUUCAUUUCCUCCGUCCUGAUCGUCGCUGUCUCCUACGUGUUCAUUGCCUCCGCCAUCCUGAGGAUGCGCUCAGCCGAGGGAAGGCGCAAAGCCUUCUCCACCUGUGGCUCCCACAUGCUGGCGGUGACCAUAUUCUAUGGGACCCUGAUCUUCAUGUACCUGCAGCCCAGCUCCACCCACUCGCUGGACACCGACAAGCUGGCCUCUGUCUUCUACACGGUAAUCAUCCCCAUGCUGAACCCCCUGAUCUAUAGCCUCCGGAACAAGGACGUCAAGGAGGCUCUGAGGAGAGCCGUGAGCCGGAGCAGCCAGGCUGCUGUGCUCAGGAAACUAAGGCAGUGA